AUUGAAAGAAAAACAAAGUUUACUACUUCUGGGUUCUGCUCCGUGGCCUUUCUGCUUAUUUUUGGUCAUGACAUCGCUUGUGCUUGGCGUUGGAUUCGGUCUCUUCCUCCUAGUAGGGAUUUGGCUGGGUGCUUUGCUGGCUUGCUUUGUGUCGGCCCAUACCCAAAAGAACUUAGGAGUUCAUGCAGUUUGCCUUGCUGCACUCCUGACCCUAGUUCUCAUUUUCAUUCCGAGGGAAUCGGAAAAACCUAAUGAAGAUGCAAAUAAGGUGUAUGACACACUCUUUUUGUGGAGAAUUGCGCUGGUGCUACUGCUUGGAAUCUCUGCCGCUGGUGGUGGAGUCUUAUUUUUGCUGAACCAUCUUAUGGAAGCUAGAAUUGCCAGACCCAUCAAAAGGUGGACGCUGUAGCCGUUUGUACUCUAUUUCACCAUUUGACUUCGUGAUUCAAGAAGGCAGAAAUGGCUCUCCGAAGUGUAUCUACUUGUCUGCGCAACAUUCGCCUGGUCCCAAUCGUGGUGGACUCAUGCUUGAACCCACAACCACUUCUCCACAGUACAACAGUUUCUCGUGGAGUGUUCAGAGGUCUGGCAAGCUCUAAUGCAUCGAGGAAUGGUCAAUGCACAGGUUCAUUUUGUCUUCUACCGCAAAGGCUGAAGCCCAAGCCCAGUGGCCUUCGAUACAUAUCACACUCUAGCUCUGUUUGCAAAGUAUUUGAAGUAUCAAACAAUGACGACUUUAUGGAAAAGGUCAUGAACAGCAAUGUUCCUGUGAUAGUCAAUUUCCAUGCAGACUGGUGCGAUCCCUGCAAGAUUCUCACUCCUCAGUUACGGGCAAUAGUUGAGAAGACUGAGGGGUUGGACCUCGCUAUCAUUGAUGUUGAAGACAAUGCUGAACUUGUUCAUACAUUUGAAGUCAAAGCAGUGCCUGCAGUGCUUGCCAUUAAACAUGGAAGAGUUGUAGACAAGUUCAUUGGCUUGCAAGAUGCUGAUCAAAUUGAAGGCUUGGUGGCAAAGGUUGCAAAAAUGGCUGCAUCCAGCACUGAAGGCGAUGAAAAGUAAAGUUAUAAACACUAAUGAGAAUUUACCCAAAUUAACAUUUUUGUUGUGAUUCUUCUAGCUUUCAAAUAGAACAAUGUAUGACCUGUUGUAAAGCUUACCCUCCUCUGUAAUGUGAAUAUUAGGUGCUAUACCGAAUAUUUCUUGUGUUAGUGAGCACAGAUGUGCUAAAGACCUAGUGCAAUUUUGUGAAAGUCAAUUCUCAUUGUUAGAAGUUUAUCUUGGUGCAUAUGAUGUGAUAUUAAGCCAUGAACAUUCCUCUACAAAGAAUUAAGGCCUUCAAUAUGUCUUGUUAGGUUGUAUAAGGGUUUAGGGAAGUUUUCUGAAGACAUUAACUUUGCUUGUCAGGUAUAAUUAAAAGCUACCUAGGGCCUUUUUUAUUAUUAAAAAUACUGUCAGGGAAUAGUUUCAAGUAGUCCUUGCACAACUGUCUGUAGACUGCUGAUCUAGUCAUUCUGAACUCAGCUCAGAUUUGUGCAGUGAAACUUAUCAAUUCAUGUAGCUGUGCUACCAAUUUUAUAUUAUGGCAAUAUACAGAGUAUUAAAUUUCAUCCUUGCAACUUUCACCUUUACUUUGAUUUUACACUCAUUGUGAAAUAAUUAAAUCAUUAUUUCUUCUUGAAGAGCAAUACAUAUUUUGUAAGUUCUAAUGCAGCCAGAAAAGUCUGUUCAAUUUUACUUGCAUGCCCACCUGUCAAACAAAGCCAAAUUUUGACAAUAAUUGUGUGAUUUUACUCUGUACAGAUGUACUUAAAAGAUGCCUGUUGCCUCAUGUAAAUAAUAAUCUCUUAUCUUACUUUAUCCAUUAACUGUCAAGAUUGUUUUAUAAUUCAUGUGUGAUAUCUACUUGCCUUGCUCCUUAAUUUGUUUAUUUUUUUGUUGUGCAAAUAUGUGUCUCUAAUGACUUCUGAUGCUCUUUGAUUAUCAUACUUCUUUGAACUUUUCUUUCAUGAAAUUACUCAUGCACACUGCAAGACUAAAAGAAUAAAAUAUUGUUCAAUUUUGUAGUGUGCUUUAAAAUUGUUAAUGAAAAUUUCCUGGGGAAGUCCUCAAUGGACCGUUAAGUUCGGCUGUUUUUAGCACAAGCCAUGUCAAUAAACGUAUCAGAAAGAGCCAA